AUGUUUGACAAAGUUGUUAAACUCACUGUAAAUCAAUGUGUGCAAGGUAUGACAUCUGAGCAAGUACAGUUCAGAGAUUUGUUAUUACGACUUGGCAAAGGUGACUCAACAGUUGUUGACUGGAAGUUACUUCUGACACGUCAACCAUCGAAUGUCACUAAUUUAUGUGAUUUUGAAGAUUCCGCUAGACUCUUUUAUAGUAAUGAACAAGUUGCUAAUUACAACCAUGAGCAGCUAAUGAAACUUGAGCAUCCAAUUGCUCCUAUUAAUGCUCGCCAUUCAUCAGCAUUGGCAAAAAAGAUAUCCUCAGAUGAUAUGUCUGGGUUAGAACCUGUUGUGUUUCUAGCAAAAGGUGCUAGGGUGAUGUUAACCAUGAAUUUGUGGUCAGUAUUAUGCAAAAAAUUUCCACUGACAUGACGGCGCAGAAUAAGGUAAACAUUGGAGGGUGAAAACCCUACGCGGCAAUGCUUCCAACAAAUGGCUAAAUGUUUGAAUAUUAUGCGGAUAUUUCCAAGAUUGUUUAAAUCUGAAUAAACAUUUAGUCAAGAUAGACGUCUGUUGGAAUAUUGUCUAUAUAAUAAUGGAAAUUGCCGUUCAAACCAAUGUUAUGGCACAGAUGUUGGUCAAUAUGGUCAUGUCUACUUCCCAGGAAAAAUGGAAUCUUUUAAGAUAUAUAUGCCCUAUUGCUACAGUGUAUGUAUGAAGGGUGAUUACCGCCAAAAUUCAUUAUGCCAUUUUGACAUUCAAUUUGACCCAAUUAUACAGUUCUAUUCGGCAAAAUCGUAUUCGGCUGUUUCGUAUUCGGCUGUUACAGUAUGUAUUCGGCUGUUAUGUAUUUGGCUGUUAUGUAUUCGGCUGUUUUGUAUUCGGCUGUUAUGUAUUCGGCUGUUAUGUAUUCUGCUGUUUUGUAUUCUGCUGUUUUGUAUUCUGCUGUUUUGUAUUCUGCUGUUUUGUAUUCGGCUGUUUUGUAUUCGGCUGUUUUGUAUUUGGCUGUUUUAUAUUCGGCUGUUUCGUAUUCGGCUGUUUUACGGCAAUUUUACAUGAUGUACAGGAUCCUGGAUCUGAAAGUUUAUAAGAUCGCAGGCUCGUAUAUACAUAAAAACAUGGAGGAAGACUUCACAAUCGAGGUAAGAAAUCUUCUGCGACGCUGUGUUUUAAGUAUACUUCACCAACUAGAGCAACGUAGUGGUGAAAGCAGCAGUCUUGAAAACGCUCAGUUUGGUUGGAGUGGUUAUUGGGUAUAG